GAAAUCAGUUGGAUUUCUCUCUCUCUCUCUUUCAAUACUGCAGAUCCAGCUUGCCUGUCAGGACUCAAGUGUACUUUAUACAACAGAUGCUACUGAGCACAAAGUUACCAUUGUAUUUGCCUCACUGAGGUCAUGUGGAAUCCUUACAAAGUGAGCAGGAACAUCAUUACAUUGCUGGGACUGUGAUAGGAAUGUAACUCUUGCAAAGCAGUUUCACUUGAAGUGCUAAUAGCCUGACUUCAUCUGAUCAGCUUAUAGACCAAACAGCGAUUGUUCAAAUCAGGAACACAGACCACAUAUUAUAAGGAAGUUGCAUCUAUAUAGGCAAAAACAAUGGGAAGCAGCAAGAUAAGGAGCUAAGUCAACAGAGAAACUAUGUAAGAGUUUAUCUGAGAUAUUCACUUGUUUGGGGAAGGCUCCUGAAGACAAAAGAGUUACAGAUCUUCCAAGAUAGAAAGACUCACUAAUGUGGGCUUUUCCAGGAACCCCACACAAAGGGGAGGAAUCCUGAAUACUGGGGACUUUUCCAGAGGACAAAUUUGUUCUCUUUAACAGUGAGCAAUGCAAGAGGAAGGGCAAGAGAAUGACUCCUCUAGAGAACAUCGUGCUGUGGAUAAAUAGAGGCACUGAGAACCUGGAACAAAGAAAGGGAGUGCUGGCUUUUGAGGAAGAAGAAGGUCACGUAGUGCACCUGACAAAGGAGAUUGUUCAGAAGCAGAACUGUGCUAGUUACAUCGCUGUGUCCUUGUGGUUUACUCUUCCCAGCCCUUCUGCUUUGAAGGCCUUCCCUUUGGUGGGCAGGUUAGAUGCCCAUGAAAUAGAGAAUGAAGGGAGAAGUGAAAUGCAGAGUGCCUGGAUUCCCUUGUCAAAAACAAUUGCUUUGAACAGCAAGCAGUUUCUUUGCAUUAUGUUAACGCUUAUUGAAAGACCUCUUGUUCCAGUGUUAUGUUGACAAGUUUCAGCUCCUCUGCUGUAAACAUGGAGCUUCCCCAAGGUUCUGCACUGUAUUCACCAUUUGUGCACUGCAGAGAAUCAUGCCUGCAGGACUGGCACUUUGACAUUCAAUUUCCUUCUAUAAAGGAAUCAAAGGCAACGAUUUCUGUUAGAGCUGGUCCUGUUGGAAAAGGCCAGUGAAGUGGAAAAUAAACACAUUGUGUUGGAAUUUUCAUGGGAAAAUAUUGCUGAAGGGUUUCAGCAUGCUUGGAAUGCUUCUUUUCUGUACUAACACUGAUUGCGUCUUGCGUUAGUAUACAUUGCAGCUCUAACAUUACAAAGGAAACACUUUAACUUCAUUGAAAUAAAAAGCAAGAUCCAAAUGGAAAAUGUCAAAUCAGAAUGUAGAUAAAACUGCCAGUUUCUGACUUAUUCACCAUCAGGGAAACACUGCAUUUUGCAACCUCGAUAUUUCCUACUGGCAACACUUCAAACGUAUGACCACUACAUGAUUUUCUGUUUAUUCUUCUAAAUGAAGUAUGUCUGUUUCCUCCUCCCUAAUGCUGCUAAUGACUCUGUGAUAACAUGCUGGUGGAAUUAAGUGCUGACCAGAACAACAUAAUAUUUACUUGGUUUCCAAGUAGAAAACUGGUAGAACUUUACAGUCAUGAAAAUGUAGAAAAUCUUGGAAGAAGCUGCAGAUGUUAAACCCAGAAGGACAGCUGCAUAUAUUCUGAUUCAUCUGGAUGCUGUGUGGAAUAUAUAGCCCUUAAAUUCACACCCUCCAAAAAUCAUUCUUGAGCAGUGUUUGGUUUCCACUGCAAACUGCUUGUAGUAGCUAAGACAAGACUCUGUCCUCAGCUAAUGAAAAUCUUCAAGUUCUCAGUUCCAUUUUUACAAUAAUGGAAUGGAAAAAUAAAACCAAUUUGCAAUGAUCUAGCAAACAGAGCGUGGGAAGGAUAGCAUUUCUGCUUACAGCUAAGUGUAUUGUCUUUCACGCAGCAGUGCUGAGGCUUUUAAAAAGCUGUUUUGAACACGAACUCCUGGAGUUAAAUGACCUUUUCCUUGCAGGAAUUUGUUCUGAGGAUUAUGGAUCAGAACCUCCAACAGCACAGGACCUGGCAAUAUGAACCUUGUAGUGAGCGGGCAUAUAUCUGCUUUGUCUUCUCUGCAGGUUGCCAUAAUGUAUUUCCAGUAUCCAAAUCUGUCUGCGUCAUGAAGAAGAUAAAUCAUUCCUACAGAGCCUUGGUGGGAAGAGGCCACAAGCGGGAGAAAGGGGCUGGGGAGAAGGCAAAGAUGCUUCCCAAGGCCAAGGAGAGAGAGAAGCAGGAAACAAAGUUGGUAGAAAAACUGAAAAGCUUGGUUGGCAACGUGGUAGAGACUGUUCCUAAUGGGCAAAAGGCAGCUGUAAAGAAGGAUAAAAGCAAAAAUGAGGCAGAAAAAUUGCUGGAAAUGGAAACAAACAGGAAAGAAGAGGAGAGAGAGAUGCCUGCAGAGGAAAUAAUCUGUGGAUUCAUUGAGCAAGGAAAUUUUUCUCAAGCUUGCUGUCAUAUUUCUCAUCUGGAGCAGUCUGGAAAUGGUGAUGUGGGAAACUCUGAGUCACUUUACACUCUCCUGGCUGAACGAAUGUGGUCUGCUGUGAGAAAAGCACUUGGUGGGAGUGAUGGGAUGCUCCUGCAGCCUUUGCAGUCAGUGGGUGAAUCGCUGCAGUGGCAGAAGCAGAAGAAAGAGGAGAGGCUUAGCAGUAAGCAAGGGAUGGAGCCGGCUUCCACCUGGCACCCAAACUUCUGGGAGAAAGAUCUGGAGAAAGAACUAACGCAGUACUGGACAGCCCAGAUUUCCCCCUUUAUUCCCACUGGUGAUGCAGAUGAGUCUGCACUAAAACAGCAUCUGAGUCAGCUGGAAACAACAUUCCUCCUCAACCUGGAGCAUAGAAGUGGUGCCUUCAAAGAAGCAGGACUGCUCAUCCCCUACACACGGUGCUGCCAUGCUUCCUUGUCCUCUCACCUUUCUGCCCUUACUGACAGUGAGCACUGUACCUUCAGCCAAGGGCUCUUAGUUUAUGAAUGGUGCCUGGAAGCAUACAAAAGGGGCAGUGGGACGCAGCUGGGACCCAGGCAGAGCUUCCAGCACAGUGAUGUGCAGAGUCUCAUGUGGAUUAUUCUGAAGACAGAAGAAAAGUUACUUGCAGUCGCCCGGAAGGAAGUAGGGAAAGCCCUGAAUGAAGCCUUUGAUACUGGGGAAACCCCUUGUGCAGAUGCUGCAAUCAUUCAGAUAUUAACAGAGAAGACAAAAGCAGCCCAGCACAUCAGUGAGAGCCUAAGGGAGAAGGUGGAAGCUGUAUGCCUGGAGGAGUACCUGACCUUCCUGAACAGCUAUGAAAACAAGGUCAGAAGCUUUCUCCAGCAUGAUUGCUUCCAUGAGAUCUCCAGCAGCUUGCGAAUCAUUGAGAACUUCUGCAUUCUCAGAAAUGUCUGGUAUAAGUUAACGUACCUUUGUAGUGCCAGCACUGAUCAGGAUGUUAAGAUAAAAAGAAUUAUAGACAGGACAGAAGACGACAUUAUGGAGCAUUUUCUGCAGACAGUCACUUCUGAAGUCAAGGGAACACUGAAGGAUCAUUUCAGAAAGAGUGACAGUGGUUUCAGACGCACCCUUGAAGUCUUAAAGCAAAGCUUUUUGGUGUUUAAGAGGAAAAAAACAGACAAAUAUCAGGGUCCCACAGCUGGUGCUCUCAAGGAUCCCAUUCAAGCAAUUUUAACACUUAUUCAAGCUCCUGAUGCUGAGGGGAUGAAAAUAGCCCUGCUGCCCAUACCCAGCGAAUUUCCUGAUCUAAGGGAAGAACAUCUGAACGCAGUGUUGGACAUCAAGGAGCCACUCCGCCGAGAAGAUAGAGAUGCUCUCCUGAAGAUAUUUCGUGAUAAUUGUAGGAAAACUGAAACAGAAAACAACCUGCUUUUUGAAGAUAUAGAAGUAAAGCCUGGAAUGUAUAAAUGCUGUUGCUUUUGUUGUUAGGGAAGUCAGACCUACUGUGAGAAACAUGAAGUUCUCUCUCCUACGUGGCAGAAUCUGCAGUCACAGCUCCUGGAAAGCUUCAUGGACUUGUGCAGUUGGAUGCAUGAAGAAGCAUGGCAGCUAUGGAAGCCAGAAUUCCUGCACUCCUGCAGGAAAACCACAUGGCCCAGAUCCUAAUGUUCUAUGCAGUGACCAAGCAGAAGUUGAUUGGGAUAUGGUUGAAAAACUUUCCUUUAAAAGUGCUUAGAGAAUGCUGCUCAGCUGCGUCCUGGUGGUUAUCCCCAGGAUGUGCUAUGAUGGUGUGAAGGAGAAGGUUCCCCUCUGCCAGAUUUCUGUUUCACACAGUCUCAUGCAUAACAAGGGACUGCUGCACCAUACAGUGUCCUAGCAGGUGAUACAGUAUGCCUACCCCAGGGCAAUCUGUAGAGCCUAGCCACGGGAGCAUGGGGCUGCCAUGGGCAUGGUGCAGGAUCCAGCCCCUGUAAGCCUGACCUUUCCCUUGUCACACCAAGGUCACAAGCCCCAAGAGUGGGAGCAGAAGAUGGUACUUGUCCUCGUGUCUCUUUACAGGAUGGGGACAUCUCCUUGUGGGAUGGCGAGCUCUCCAUGUACAACUUUCUCAGCUGGUGCUGGAGCACUUUUGCAUUCAUUUUUGUACCUCAGUUACUGGAACUUUCCUCUUGCUGUGUAAAGUAGCUCCUUUGGAGAGGGAGUGGAAGGCCUUGAGGGAAGUAGGCAGUGAAAGGAGCUGUUUGUCCCAGCCUCUGGGCAAGGUCUGUGCUGUUUUCAGAUGUAAAUAGGCAGUUCCGCUGAGGGAAGCACUAACUUUCUAGUUAUCUAUGGACUGUUCACACUCUCAAGCUGGAUUUCAUUCAAGGCCCUCCUUUAAUUUAGGUCAUUACAGACCUGCUCCUCUCUGGCCGUGUAAACAAGAAAAAGCUCUGCUACUUCAGGUCUACUGGUGCUGCUGCUGAACACAGGCUCUUCUCUAAUAGGAAAAGGGGCAACUUGUACAUAAUGUGCAAGCUUGCAUGGCUGGGGCUCCUGGGUGCAGGUCUGAAUGGGUGCCACCAUGCUUUGCAGCACCAUGCCAUGCAAACAGCCCCUUUGGAAGUGCCAGCGAUGAAGCCACAUCUUGGGGUGGCUCUGCAGGGUGAUGGACUCCUGUCACAGCGUGCAGUGCUGUGCUGGAAGUGCUGACAGCCCUGCAGGCACACCGGGUCAUUUGUCCUCCCAUGCUGCCUAAUAGCACAUUUUUUCAGUGGCAGGAAAUGAUUACAGCCCCAAAUCUGUGACAGCGGGAUUAGAGGCAGCCUCUGUUUAUUGGAAUUUCAAUCAACGAACCUUCCAGAGAACGUAAAUAAAAACCCCUUUGACAUUUUGA